UCUGAAAUUUAGCAAAGAGCAAAAUUAAUCAUUAUCCUUGAAUAUAACACAACAUCAGCUCUUUCUUCUUCUUCUUCUUCUUCUUCUUCUUUGCUUUGAUUAUUAGCUACAACAGUUAUCUGCAGUGCUACCAGUAUACUUGUUGUUUCUUAACCAUCAUGUUGGUAAAUCGCCCUUUUGCUCUUUUUUUUCUCUCCACAAUAAUAUCCUUUUGUCAAGCCAGUUGGUAUAUUCAGGAUCCAAACUUCGAUCAAAAUACUAUUCCUGUGAUCAAGCCCUUCACUGAAGGACAAGAUCUAUUUAUUGACUGCAGCCAAAGAGCAAUUGAUAAUGGUGAACAUAAGUUUGAUGAAGAGCUCAAUGUUCUUUAUGAAGCUUUUCCCAAAUGCAAAGAAACCGGCGAACACUUAUCCUUUAAAUAUGGUCUUAGUCAAGACUUUACUUGCACUGUUGCCUUGGUCGACGAAUUGUUUCAUUUAUUCCAACUAUACAUUCAUGAAGAUGUUCCGUUUUCUUGUCGUUUGCCUGUAUCUGGCCAUAAAGACGAUAAAUACUUGGUGCCUUUAAUCUUUAACUUCAGAGGUCAAGUAGCUACCUCUCAUUUAGAAAUUGAUAAUACAAUGAAUGUCAUAAUUCAAUCUCCCUCAUCCUUUAACACUAUCAUCUCAUCCACUGCUUGGAGCGCAGGGACAAAUUACUCGAGAUAUAUUAUUGGGGAUGAUUUACCAAUAAAUUUCUCUGUUAAAUGGAUCACAACCUCUGAUCCAACUGAUGAUCUUAAACACAAACCUUUUUUUCAUGGAUUUUAUAAAUUACCCUUAUCAAUAACUUAUAAUUUCCUUAAAUCUGCUUGUUUGAUUUCACUUUUAACUGCUAUUAUUUCGGGUUUAUGUGCUUCUGCUCUAACUUAUAGUUAUUUGAGUAAAAAAACGAAGCAAGUCAAUUAUCAAUCUCUUCACUUCGGUGACGCUGAGGCAACUUUCAAUAAAAAAGAUUAAUUAUAUCAAUUUUAUUUUAUUUUAUUUUAUUUAAUCUAAUUUUCCAAUUCUUUUUUUUUUCUCAUUUUACUUAUUUUAUUUUGUUUUCAUCGAGAUUUUUUCUUUUAUGUAAACACAAACGUGGGGAUUGUUUAAAAUGGAU